GCAGUUUUAAUCCAUGCACUACGGUGGUCAGUCGCAAUACGAACUACCGGAGAUAAAGCGCGUCACCUUUCAAAUAUAUUACGUUCAAAAUGGACAAUGACGUAUCAACAAAAAAGGCGAAGGCUAAAGGAGAACGUCGCCGCAGCCGCCCCGAAACGGAUCCCGCUCGGGACGAAAUAAAGGAAUUCAAAGAAAAUCUACUCCAAUCAGUGUCUACCUCGGAUUCCAUAUUAUCGGAUAGCGGUCUGGAUUUGCCGGUGCAGGCCAGAUCUCGAUCGGCUUCCAGAGCUCGUGAAGCACUAUCCAUACCUUCCAACGUCUUAGCCGAGAUAGACGAGAAUAAACUCUUUGAACUAAAAGAGGCAUUUUUGCUGUUCGAUUUAAAUGGAGACGGGUGUAUUGAUUACAACGACCUACGUGGAACCCUGGUUAGUCUUGGAGACAAGAUAGAUGACCAGGCUAUUCGAAGCAUGUUAGCUGAGGCACCAAGCCCCUUGGACUUCGAUGGUUUUGUUAAUCUACUUGGAUACAAAACUUUAGAACUCGAUUCCGAAGAGACGCUUGUAGCUGCUUUGUCACGGUGGGAUCCAAAUAAUACAGGACUCAUUUCAGAAGAAAGAAUCCGACACGAUCUCAUGACCUGGGGCGAUCGCUUCACCGCAAAGGAAGCAGACUACGCUUUAGACGAGGCACCGAUAGUCCAAAAAGAAGACGGCACCAUGAUAGAUUAUAUACGGUUUUGUAGUCAGUUGAGUGGCCUUCGCAAGCCAAAUAAGCCGAGAGAUCAAUAAAUUAAUACCGAAUAAUUUUGCUUAUCAAAUCAAUCAGAUUGUUUGUUUAAUUCAAAAAAUAAAAUGAAAUAUUAAUAUUGGAAAGAAA